AUGAGCGAAAGAGUCAAACAAGUGGCCGUUGAGGAGGCCGAGCGAGUAAAGAACAUGACCAAGGAGGCGGUGGAAUCUCGUGCCUAUCUGUACCCCUUCAAGGGCAUCUUCUAUUUCCUCAUGCACAAGGAUCUUUGGCGACCGUUGUUGUCCAAGCUAGCACCCACCAUUACCCUCGGCGUUGGAGUCACUACUUUCAUGUUCCUCGUUGCCUACGUCCCACAAGCAGCUGUCAUGGCCUUCACCUCUGGUCCAGUUGCCGCUGUUUCGGCUGCCCUCCUCACUUUGAGUGAGAGUUCGACCUUGGUCAACCUCCUUUCCCGAACGUUUCUCAUUGAUGAGGCGCUCACGGAUACAUUUGACGGUGUUCUCUUAUCUCGUGGCUGUGUCAACUUGGUGGAAGGGGGCCGACAGAUCUCUACCAGGGGAGACAAUAUCAGUCGACUAGGAAAAUUGAUCAAGAAGCCGUUCGCAAAGUUCACCCCAAACGCAAUAAUCAGAUACCUACUGUACCUGCCCCUCAACUUCAUACCUGUAGUAGGGACCUUGGUCUUCAUCAUCUUGCAAGGGAAGCGAUCAGGUCCAGCGGCACAUACGAGGUACUUUCAGCUCAAAGAAUGGUCGAAGCGGCAGAGAGAAGUCCACAUUUCAGAACACCGAGGAGGGUAUACGUCAUUUGGUGUUGCAGCGUUUGUCUUGGAGAUGAUGCCCUUUGUCAACCUCAUCUUCGCAUUCACCAACACUGUCGGAGCAGCUCUAUGGGCUGCAGAUCUUGAGAAGAGUGCCACUACUUCUCCACAGUUGCGCGAGCUCGCUAAAAAGGCGGAAUAA